AUUGAACCACGAAUUUUGCCGUUGUAUUAUUGUGUCGCGUCGCGAGCGGUGUCGUGUCUUCAUCGCUCCGCGAGUAUCACACGCAAUAGUCAUCAUAAAUGUGCGAACGUAGCCAUCGACACCAGCCUCUAGUCGCGGCAUAUUAAAAGGGCACGGUGCGCAAGUGAUAUACGUGGUGAUAACGACGCUGUGAGUGCCUGCCGAUUAACACGAACACCAACACGCCGAUAUGCCUGGGAAGUAGUUGUUUAGUGCUGUUUGUGAUGUUGAAUUGAAUAAAACUAGCCAGAAUGUUGGUGCGAACGAACAGUUUGAACAAAUUACGCCCGUAUAUUGCGUUAUUCCUCGUGGAAUUCCUUCUGGAAUAUUGCAAUGGGGCGACGCAAGCCGAAAUAAAUAAUCACUUAGAAUUAGGUAAACAGUUUUUAGCUAGGGGACAACUCGCUGAUGCAUUGUCACAUUAUCAUGCAGCAGUCGAGGGUGAUCCAACAAAUUACCUCACGUACUUCAAGCGGGGAACGGUGUAUCUGGCGCUGGGCAAGUCAAAGAACGCUCUCGCCGAUCUGGAUAAAGUCCUCGAACUGAAACCGGACUUUGUCGCCGCCAGGAAUAGUCGUGGCAGCGUUCACCUCAAGUUAGCUAAUUUCGAGCAGGCGCAGUUAGAUUUUUAUAAUGUUCUGCAACAAGAUCCUUACAAUGAGGAAGCGAAUGAUUUGAUCAAUCGUAUUGAACCAACCGUCGAGAAUGAACGCCUAGCGAAAUAUUACUACGCCCAGGAUGAUUACCACAACGCCGUGCACGCGUUAUCGCAGGUGUUGGAAGUUUCCCCGUGGGCUGCGCGUCUAUACGAACUCCGCGCUGAGAUCCACAUGGAAAUCCCCGACGUGUUGGCCGCCAUUUCCGAUUACAAAGCGGCGACGAAACUGCAAACUGACAACACCGCCGGUUAUCACAAGCUGGCCAAUCUCCUCUACCAACUGGGUCACGUGACAGAGGCGCUCAAAUCAGUCCGUGAGUGCCUCAAACUUGAUCCGGACCACAAGGAUUGUUUCCCGUUGUAUAAAAAGAUUAAAAAGGUGGAGAAACAACUCACCGAUGCCGAGACUUUUAAAGAAGAAGGUAAUUUCGGUGAGUGUAUUGCAUCCGCUGAGAAGGCGUUGAAAAACGAAAAGCAAGUACAAAUGGUUGUCUACGAAACACAAAAACUGCUCUGUCAUUGUUAUUCUAAGGACGAGCAGACACAAGAAGCAAUCGAGGCGUGUACGCAGGCGCUGAACAUGCAUCAGGACUUAAAUACGUACUGUGAUCGAGCGGAUGCCUACCUUCAGGCGGAGCAGUAUGAUGACGCUGUGCGCGACUUCAAAGCCGCACUGGAAAUUGAUCAGGGCUUCCAGCGCGCGAAGGAGGGCAUUCAACGCGCGCAGAAAAUGCAGCAACAGAGCGAACGCAGGGAUUACUAUAAGAUAUUAGAUGUGAAACGCAGUGCCUCGAAGAAGGAGAUUGUCAAGGCGUAUCGCAAAGCAGCGCAGAAAUGGCAUCCGGAUAAUUAUCAAACUGAUGAGAAGAUGAAGAAGAUUGCCGAAAAGAAAUUCAUUGACAUCGCUGCGGCUAAAGAGUUGCAGGGAGAGAUCGCUGACUGCUCGUGCAACAUCGACUCCCUAGACACUUUUAAUAACUUCAAAAUCUAUCCGCGCCUGCAAAGCCUCCUCACCAAAGACUAUUUUAGAUUCUACAAAGUCAACCUCAAGAAGGAGUGUCCCUUCUGGGACGACGACAGCAAAUGCGCAAUGAAAUACUGCCACGUUGAACAAUGUCUGGAAAAAGACAUUCCUGCUGGUCUGAAAGGCGCAGGCGUGCCGAAACAUAACAAAUACACGAAAGAAAGCUGCGAUAGUGAUUACGAACUUGGAUAUCUAAAUACAACUAUCAGCAACAAGGUGAAGGAGGACAUUGUCUUGUGGGAAGUCUACGAUGACAGUCAGGACAACUUCUGCGUGGUGAACGAGAACGACAGCGAGGCGCAAUACGUCGAUCUGAUGUUGAAUCCGGAGCGUUAUACAGGAUAUAAAGGAAAGUCAGCGCAUCGCGUCUGGCAUACGAUUUACAUGGAGAACUGUUUUCGCCCGACGCGGAAUACAUUCACGGCGUAUAUACAGAACGAUAAGUUGAAUGGCAUGUGUUUGGAGAAGCGGACAUUCUAUCGAUUGAUUUCAGGCUUGCAUGCGAGUAUAAAUAUUCAUUUAAGUGCGAAAUAUUUAUUAUCCGAAAAGAAAUCGAUGGGGAUUAUUACCACCCCAGAAUGGGGCAGGAACUUUGACGAGUUUCAUCUGCGUUUUGAUCCGGAUAACACCAACGGCGAAGGGUUAAACUGGAUAAGAAAUUUAUACUUUUUGUAUUUGAUUGAACUACGUGCUUUGGUCAAAGCUUCAUCGUAUUUACAAAGAGAAGAGUUUUACACUGGUAAUGAACCCGAUGAUUUUGACACACAGCUUGCAAUCAAAGAUUUAUUGAAUGUAGCGCGUCAGUUUUCCAAUCAUUUCAACGAAACUAAUAUGUUUAUGGGUGGAGAUGAGGCGCAGAAGUUAAAGUUUGAGUUUAAGCAGCACUUUCGCAACAUCAGCACGAUUAUGGACUGCGUCGGAUGCGAUAAGUGUAAACUCUGGGGAAAACUGCAGGUGCAGGGACUCGGCACAGCGUUGAAAAUUUUAUUCUCCGGAUAUUUCGACGAGCAGAAUAAUCCCGAGCUAUAUAUAGCUAAUAAAGAUAAGAAGGAUUUUCAAUUGCAGCGUAGCGAGAUUGUGUCGCUAUUAAACGCAUUCGGUAGAUUAUCAGAGAGUAUUUAUGAGCUGAGUGAGUUUUUAAAAGUGGAAGAUGAUGAUGAUGAUGAUGCGGUGCCAAACAGAUGAUGAUAACUGAUGAGGCUCAGUUGUGUACAUCACAGCAGACAGUAAUGCGCAAACUGGACAUGACAAGAUAAUUUAUUUUCGAUGCGAUUUGUAAAUAUUUACGCGCAAGAUGUUUAUUGUUGUUACGAUAGUGAUUAAGGUGUUGACCGAUGAGGAGAAGCGCCGGCAGUUUGAUAAUGGUGAAGAUCCGCUGGAUCCGGAGUCGGGCAAGGGCGGCGGCGGAUUCAACAAUUUCCAUCAGUUUCACAAUUUCCACGGCAGUCCCUUCCAGUUUCGAUU